GUGCUCAGUUGUUUCAGAGGGCAUUAUAGCUGAGUUUCACAGGGAUAUCAAAGAUGUCCAUGGUAAUAAUGACCAUGAUAGUGAAGAAGGGGCAAAAAUCUUAAGGAUGCUUGAGACAGCUACUAAACCAGAAGUUCUAAUGGCCGAGAUGAGUUCAGAGCAACUAACUUCUUUUGCUACUUAUCAA